CGCCGACGAUGGAUGCCGAAAAGAAAAUCACAGGACCCCUUGUUUAUGCUGUUUCCGUUGCUGCCAUUGGAUCUCUCCAGUUUGGGUACAACACUGGUGUCAUCAAUGCCCCUGAGAAGAUCAUUCGGGGGUUCUUCAACAGAACAUUAUCAGAAAGGAGUGGGAAUGUUGUCUCCCCAGAGCUCCUCACCUCUCUGUGGUCCCUUUCUGUGGCCAUCUUCUCAGUAGGAGGUAUGAUUGGCUCCUUCUCAGUCAGCGUGUUCGUCAACAGAUUUGGCAGGAGGAACUCCAUGCUGCUGGUGAACAUCUUGGGCUUUGCUGGUGGCACUCUCAUGGGCUUCUCUAAGAUGGCAAAGGCAGUGGAGAUGCUGAUUAUUGGCCGCUUCAUUAUUGGCGUCUUCUGUGGUCUUUGCACUGGCUUUGUGCCUAUGUACAUCAGUGAGGUCUCCCCCACCUGCCUCCGUGGAGCCUUUGGCACCCUCAACCAGCUGGGCAUUGUUGUGGGCAUCCUGGUGGCCCAGAUCUUUGGCCUCGAAGGAAUCAUGGGGACUGAAACACUUUGGCCACUGCUUUUGGGAUUCACAGUCCUCCCAGCUGUCCUGCAGUGUGUGGCUCUUCUUUUCUGCCCUGAGAGCCCCCGCUUCCUAUUGAUCAACAAGAUGGAGGAAGAGAAAGCGCAAGCAGUUCUCCAGAAGCUCCGUGGUACACAAGAUGUGUCUCAAGACAUCCGGGAGAUGACAGAGGAGAGUACUAAAAUGUCCCUGGAAAAGAAAGCAACUGUGCCAGAGCUCUUCCGUUCUCCAAACUACCGUCAAGCCAUUAUCAUUGCCAUUGUGCUGCAGCUCUCCCAACAGCUCUCAGGCAUCAAUGCUGUAUUCUAUUAUUCUACAGGGAUUUUUGAAAGAGCUGGCAUCACACAGCCUAUAUAUGCCACCAUUGGAGCUGGUGUGGUAAACACUGUCUUCACUGUUGUGUCGCUGUUCCUGGUGGAGCGUGCAGGGCGCAGGACCCUCCAUUUAAUUGGUUUGGGUGGCAUGGCUGUGUGUGCUGUUCUUAUGACCAUUGCUUUAGCUCUGAAGGACAUUGUGGAGUGGAUCAGAUACAUCAGCAUUGUUGCCACUUUUGGCUUUGUGGCUCUUUUUGAGAUUGGCCCUGGCCCUAUCCCCUGGUUCAUUGUGGCAGAGCUCUUCAGCCAGGGCCCACGGCCUGCAGCCAUGGCAGUGGCUGGCUGUUCCAACUGGACCUCUAAUUUCUUGGUGGGAAUGCUCUUCCCCUAUGCAGAGAAACUCUGUGGCCCCUAUGUCUUCCUCAUCUUCCUUGUUUUCCUGGUCAUCUUCUUUGUCUUCACAUUCUUCAAAGUGCCGGAGACCAAGGGCAGGACUUUUGAAGACAUCGCCAGGGGCUUUGAAGGACGAGCAGAAGCCAGCCCCACAUCACCUGUAGAGAAGAACCCCAUGGUGGAGAUGAACAGCGUACAACCUGAGAAAGAAGUUGCCUAAGAUUCAUUACACACCCCUUCUUCGACUCUUACAUGCUUAAAGAGUCAUUAAAGGAAUGAGCAAAGAAAA